AUGCUCAUUGUCUCUAUCAGUGUCGUGAUGCCGCAAGUAACCAAGCAAUGGAAUGUGGAAAGAGCUGGCCUGAUCACUGCCUCUUUGUACACUGGUUCCUUGGUCGGUGCUGUUCUUUGCGGCUACUUCCUCGACAUCAUCGGACGCAAACUUGUUUGGCAAGGCUCGCUCUUCGUCGUCAAUAUGUUCACACUUAUCGCUGCCGGCUCGCCGAACUUUACUGCACUCGCAAUCUUCAUCGGGUUUCAAACCAUUGGUGCGGGCGGAAACAUUGCAAUCGACCUGACAGUAUUCGUCGAAUGCCUACCUCGCAGAAAGGCAUGGCUGAUGACAGCACUCGCUCUUUGGUGGGGAGUGGGCAACGCUGUAGGUGGAUUGAUGGCGUGGCCAUUGAUUGUGGAAUUCUCCUGUGCUCCGGACGCCACACCUGCAACGUGUUCGAGUAACCAAAACAUGGGUUGGAGGUACCAAUACAUCGUGAUCGGAGGCAUCUGUUUGGUCAUGGCAUGCAUCCGGGUGUUCUUCAUGAAAAUGGAAGAAUCCCCCAAGUGGCUUGUCUCUCACGGCGAUUUCGAGGGAGGAGUGGCGGCGUUGCGAGAAAUCGCACGCAUGAACAAGAAGGAAGUUUCCCUGACUGUGGACGACUUCCGACCCUUGGCCAGUGUCUUUCUCGACUCUGAUUCCAAGAGCAAAUACGCCCAGCUUGGUCAUAUCAAAGCACUGUUUUCAACCAAGAAAUUGGCAAUCUCCACGACUGCAAUCUCCAUCCUUUGGAUGUGCAUUGGUAUAGCCUAUCCAUUAUUCACCCUCUUCCUCCCCUACUACCUACAAUCGCACGGCGCGAAGAGAGGUUGA